CUACAUCAUCGCAAUGCAAACAUCUUGUGGAUGGAUGAGGCAUUGUUCACACGUGUGGGACUGUUUCUUAUGGGAAGAAGUCAAACGCCGGGAUGUAGAGGAGGUACAAAGCCUAGAAGACUUAACAAUAAAAAAUAAUAACGCUUUUAGUGAAGUGAAAAGUGACACUAGAGUUUUAAAUAAAUUAAAUAUAAAUUUAAUGAAAUGUGCACGUUUAUGUCUGGACAAAGGUGGACUUCAUUUUGAACAAAUAUUAAAAUACAGUGAUCAGUUCAAGAUUUGUUAGGUAUUAUGAUUGUAGUUAGGUAUUAUUUUUGAUUCAACCUUAUUGUAAAUACGUAGUUGAUUCCAAUUUUUUAAAUACGCCUUAACGCAGAAGUACCUAUGUAACGUUAAUAUUUUUUUCUAGGUAACGAA